GCGCAGCGACGUGGCGGCGGGGCCGGCACCCGGCUGCGGAAGUGGCUCCCGCGUUGAGACUGGAGUGUUUGUGUUUUGGUUCGCGAAGCAGCCGGCGGCCGGCCUGAGGGGAGGAGGGAGGAGGAGGAGGAAGAGUCCGUCGGCAUUCGAGGGCCGGCGGCUGCGGCGGUGGCCGAGGAGGAGGAGGAGGAGAAAAGGAAAGCGAAAGGCGGAGCGCGGAGAGGCGGGGACGGAGCCCGACAGGGGCGGCACCGCAGCUCCAGCCCCGCACGGCCCAGUGUGAGGAGAGCGACGCUCGGAGCCGCCUCAGCCUCCGCCCGGCUCCCGUGCCUCGGACCGCACCUGCCGCAGCGGCCUCAGAUUUCUUUACCUACAGAAAAAAAUUGACGCUCUGCAUCCUGGCAGUUCAUUUAAGAAUCUGAAAUUGGGGACUUUUAAAUUUGGACAUGGCUAAUCGAGGAGCAACGAGACCCAAUGGGCCAAAUACUGGAAAUAAAAUAUGCCAGUUCAAACUAGUCCUUCUGGGAGAGUCUGCUGUUGGCAAAUCAAGUCUAGUGCUUCGCUUUGUGAAAGGCCAAUUUCAUGAAUUUCAAGAGAGUACCAUUGGGGCUGCUUUUCUAACUCAAACUGUGUGUCUUGAUGACACAACAGUGAAGUUUGAAAUAUGGGACACAGCUGGUCAGGAACGGUACCAUAGCCUAGCACCGAUGUACUACAGAGGAGCACAAGCAGCCAUUGUUGUGUAUGACAUCACGAAUGAGGAAUCCUUUUCCAGAGCAAAAAACUGGGUUAAAGAACUUCAGAGACAAGCAAGUCCUAACAUUGUAAUAGCUUUAUCAGGAAACAAGGCUGACCUAGCAAAUAAAAGAGCUGUGGAUUUCCAGGAAGCACAAUCCUAUGCAGAUGACAAUAGUUUAUUAUUCAUGGAGACAUCAGCUAAAACGUCGAUGAAUGUAAAUGAAAUAUUCAUGGCAAUAGCUAAAAAGUUGCCAAAGAAUGAGCCACAAAAUCCAGGAGUGAAUUCUGCUAGAGGAAGAGGAGUGGACCUGACGGAACCCACACAGCCGACCAGGAGUCAGUGUUGUAGUAACUAAGCCUCCAGGCUGAACUCGCUGGAGCAUUCUGCUUCCUACAUGUAAAUAACAAUGGAAAUGGAGCGUUUAACAGCCCAGGAUGACUUCCAAAAAGAAGAGACUUAUGAUAGAGUCGAGUUUCUAAUACAGAUUUUAAGUGUUUUUGAACUUAAUUUUUAAUGCCAUGCAUGUAUUCCUCUGACUAAUGUUUCAGCAAUAGGAAGGAAGGGAAGUGCUCUGUGC